GCGCCACCUACAGCCUGGGAGGGUGAGCGUCAUGGCGGCUUCUUGCCCUCUCCCGGUGACCCCGGACCUGCCCACGUUGCGUGCCAAGUUGCAGGGACUGCUGCAGUUCCUGAACGAUGCCUUGUCCAUUUCCAAUGCACAUACCGUGGAUUUCUACACAGAAUCCGUGUGGGAGGAGCUAGUCGACUUGACCCCGGAGACGGUGCUGGCUGCCCUGAGGAAGUCAGCGUCGGAGGCGGAGGCCCGGCCCCCAGAGACGCGCCGCCUGGUGGAAGCAGAGGGUAAAGCAGGUGUGACUGAUUUUCCCAAAAUAUUUUGUGAAAAUUCUCAGAAGUUGGUGAGUGUGGAAGCCUUUGCUCUGGCUGCGAAAUACUAUUCCGUACAAAACUUGGGAAUAUGUACUCCUUUUGAACAGUUGCUUGUAGCCCUUCGAGGAAAUCAAAACCAGAGAAUUGGUGAAACUCAGAAGGCAGUUGAGUUUAUGAAUAUGAAGAAAUCUCAUGAAGUUCAGGCAAUGUCAGAGCUGAUCAGCAGUAUUGCUGACUACUAUGGAAUAAAACAGGUGAUUGACUUGGGUUCCGGUAAAGGCUACCUAAGCUCCUUUUUGUCCUUGAAGUAUGGCUUUAAAGUUUAUGGAAUUGAUUCCUCAAAUACCAAUACUCAUGGAGCUGAGGAGAGAAACAGAAAAUUGAAGAAACAUUGGAAACUCUGUCAUGCUCAGUCAAGAUUAGAUGUCAAUGGACUAGCAUUAAAAAUGGCAAAAGAAAGGAAAGUGCAAAAAGAAGUUAAAAAUAAAGCUGAUAUUGAGGAAGUGUUUAAAAACAGUCUUACAAAUCAAGAAAAGAUGUCUGCCUCAGAUAUUUCACCUCAUUUUUCUGGCUCUGUAAUUUCUAAUAUCAGAAACCAAAUGGAAACCCUUCAUUCUCAACCACAUCAAGAAGAAAAUUUGUGUUUUGAAAAUUCUUUUUCUCUUAUAAACCUUUUGCCUAUUAAUGCCAUAGAGCCUACUUCUUCACAGCAAAUACCCAACAGAGAAACAUCUGAAGCCAAUAAAGAGAGAAGAAAAAUGACAUCAAAGUCAAGUGAAUCAAAUGUAUAUUCACCUUUAACCUCUUUUAUCACUGCUGAUUCAGAACUCCAUGACAUUAUUAAAGAUUUGGAGGAUUGUUUGAUGGUAGGUCUACACACUUGCGGUGAUCUGGCUCCAAAUACUUUGAGAAUAUUUACCUCCAAGUCUGAAAUCAGGGGAGUUUGCAGUGUGGGUUGUUGCUACCACCUCUUAUCUGAAGAAUUUGAAAACCGACAUAAAGAACGUACUCAGGAAAAGUGGGGAUUUCCAAUGUGCCACUAUUUAAAGGAAGAGAGAUGGUGCUGUGGUCGUAAUGCCAGAAUGUCAGCAUGUUUGGCAUUGGAGCGGGUUGCAGCUGGCCAAGGGCUGCCUACUGAAUCACUCUUCUAUCGUGCUGUUCUUCAGGAUAUUAUUAAAGAUUGUUAUGGCAUCACCAAAUGUGAUCGGCAUGUUGGUAAAAUUUAUUCCAAAUGUUCUUCAUUUGUGGAUUAUGUCAGACGGUCUCUAAAGAAGCUUGGAUUAGAUGAGUCCAAGAAGAUCACAGUGAUACUAAUCUUUGGAUAACUUCCUCUAUCAACCUGAGAAUAUCAGGAACACUUCAGCCUCCUUGCCACUGGCUGUGUCUUCCUUGACUUUUUUGACAGGAUCUGCUGAUGCCUUCACCUUCACAUCCACUUACUUUAGUUCUUAAGUCAAUUAUGUCCUAACCAAGAACCUUCAGUCCCACAAUCAAGUGGUGAGAACUACCUCAGUUGCUAACCCAUCUUCUCGUCACAUAUGAUGUGGGGAGGGUCUCUGAACAACUGUGUCUGUAAUCCACUCAUCCAACCCACACUCUGAAAGUUACAGUAUAUGGUCCUCCUUUGCUUGUCUAGAACCCCCUUAUAUAGAUUUACUUUUAAAAACAAAUUGAAUAAAUAAAUACAUGGAGGAGAAGAGACAAAUGUCCUAUGUAAAAGAGUUCCAAAUAAUUUAUAUAGAUAUUUCCUCCUCAAGGAGAUAGAGCAAAACUCCCCAUUCUUUAAGUGUGGCCUGUGCAUAGUGACUUUUUUCCAAAAAGCAUAGUAUGUGAAGGGGGGAAAAAGAGGAACUUUCCAGUGAAGAACCUGACAAACAGAAUCUCAGCCAAGUAAUCAAGGUCAACAUGAACAGUGAUAAUUCAUGUUGAUAGUAUGUACUCUUGUUAUAAGGUGAGGAAUAUGGUACUUUAUUCCUAUGGUGGUUCUUUCAAAAGCCUAUCCCCACUCUAUUUAUGAGAAAAGUAUCUGACAAAUCCUGGUGGAGAAACAUUCUACAAAAUACCUGAACAGUACUUCUCAAAACUGUCAAGGUCUGCAAAUCAAGACAAGUUUGAGAAACUGUCAAAGCCAAGAGGACUAAUUGCAGUGUGGGUUCCCUGGAUGGGAUUCUAUACCUGGAAAAGGACAUUAAAUAAAAACUCAGGAAAUUUGAAUGUAAUGUGGACUUUAGUUAAUAAUAAUGUAUCAAUACUGGUUCACUAAUUCUAACAAAUAUACCAUAUUGUAAAAUGUUAACAAUAGGAGAAAAGAGUAUAUAGUAUAUGGAAAUUCUCUGUCCUAUUUUCAAAAUUUCUGUAAUAUGAAACUGUUAUAAAAUAUAUUUAUUUUUUAGAAGCAACAUGAGAUAAUUAAUGUUUACCAAACCUUUGCUUUGUGCCAGGCACUGUGCUAAAAGCUUUGUUUAUAUUAUCUCAUUGAAUACUAAGGAUGGCCGUAUGAAAUAAGUGAUAUUAUUAUUGUUUUGUAGAUGAGAAAAUUGAGACACAGGUUAAGUGGAUUUCUUUAGCCCAAAAUCUAGGAAAUUGGGGAGGAAGGAUUCUAAUCCAGGCUGUUUAACUCUAGAACUCAUGCUUCUGUUUGUCAUGCUUAUAUAACUUAUUAACAGACAUUGAGCACAAGAAUGCUUGUUUGGCAUUUUUUCAAAACUAGCAAUCAUCAGGCAAACAAUAAACCUACGAGAAAAAAAUAAAGAGAAAAUUCAUGCUUGUCAACAGACAAAAUAAAUAUACUUCUAAAACAGAUUAAGGAAUUAAAGUUUGAAAUAAAGGCAGAAGAAAAUCAAGGAAUGAUGAAUUGUACUAAAGAGUUAAAGAAGAUUUGCUUGUAUCCAGGACUUUAAUUUGUGAAAGUCUGGCUGAUAGGAUGAAAUUGGUCAAAUGUAUGAAACAUUUUGGGUACUAAGACAUAUACUGUCUAACGCAUAGAAUAUAUUAGAGUUAAAAUCACUGUCAACAAACUACAAGGAAAGUGGGAAGAAAAAAGAAAAAAAAAAAAAAAAA